CCGCAGUGAAGCUAUCCGACUGUGCAACAACGUUCGUCCAUCAGAUAAUGGUCAGAGCUAUAAUUAAAUUGUGAUCCACAGCAGGGGGGACAAAUGGUUAAUAAACUGUUGCAGACGGUAUGCCUGGGAUACGUGGUUUUCUUGGCAUGUGCCCUCUCUUUCCCGGUUAGCCGACCUUUCAGAGUGGCGAUUUUCACAGCGGUUUUUCAUUACCUUUUUAAAAAGGAGAAAGGGUUUAUCAAACAAUCAAGUAAAGAUAAAAUAUACAGUUGAUGUUGUUGAAACUAUGUAGCAGAGUGUUAUAAGCACAGGAAGGGAGGGGGAUGAAUGAGUGGAAGGUGCAAUUUACAU